GAGAGCUGUGAAGAAAAAUGGCGUCUGCAGGCGACCCAGAGCGGGACACCGGCCAUUCAGUUUGAGCUUUCCGCCCUGAAAUUGAGACCGGGGCUUGGUGGAGACUUAUCGGGAAGCGUCACUGGACCUGUUAGUUUCCUUCUUCCCCGCUUUUCUCCGGUGUGUGUGGCUUUUUCAGGCACCGAGAUUGAAGCGGAACAGAAGAGACUCUCUCCCACAAUGAGGGGGAGAAGAGGAAGGCCGCCCAAACAAGCAGCUGUGAUGCGGGAAGGUUCACCCGGGCCAGUCCGCGGCUCUCGGGGCAGCAGGAGUAGAGGGAUGCGUGGACGGGGAAGGGGCAGAGGACGCGGCCGGGGACGGGGAGGAAGUGGCGGUGUUUGCGGCACUGGUUCUGCGGAGGUGGAUACAGAAAUCUCCGGCCGAGAGAACUUUCAUUCGUCCCGGGGCCGCAGGAAAGUUGGAGCCUCCACCACGGCGGCGGCCGCGGCAUCGCGGGGCAGAGGAGGGAGAGGGAGAGGCAGGGGGUCGAGAGGCAGCCGCGGCGGUAGAGGCGGAGUGAGGCGGCGGCCUCAAACCAAGGUGGUCUACGACGACAACAGCGACGAGGAGGAUGAUAAUUUAAGCUACAGGUCAGACGAAGAUGAACUCCUGAACGACAACCCUUCGUCGGAUCUUGAAGAAGAGGAGGCCUUGGGAAACGACUCUGACUAUCUGGAGGAACUACCAGAUGAUGAUGAUGCCAGCUACUGUACCGAGAGUAGUUUUAGGAGCCACAGCACGCUCGGUAGCACCCCAGGCCGGAGAAAGAAUCGGGCAUUGCGACCGCAGUCUCCCAUUCUUGAGGCAAAGGACAUUCCUCCCCUGGAGCUUCCCAAGUCCUCUGAGGACCUCCAGAUUCCUACCUCACAGCUCCUCAAUGUAUCUGCCAUCUACGAAGUCCUCCGCAACUUUGGCUCGGUGCUGCGGCUCUCCCCGUUUCGCUUUGAGGAUUUCUGUGCCGCGGUGGCCAGCCAGGAGCAGUGCACACUGCUGGCAGAGACCCACAUCUCCCUGCUCAAAGCUAUUCUCAGAGAGGAGGACACUUCCAACACCACAUUUGGUCCCACUGACGUGAAGGAUUCUGUCAACUCAACUCUGUAUUUUGUGGAUGGUAUGACCUGGCCGGAGGUGGUGCGGGCGUACUGUGAGAGCGACCCGGAGUACAGGCACAUUCUGCCUUUCCAGGAGAACGAGGAUUAUCCGUAUGAACCGUUGGAGAGCAAAAUCAAAGUUCUCCAGUUUUUGGUGGACCAGUUCCUGGCGACCAACAUUGCCCGGGAGGAGCUAAUGUCGGAAGGUGUGGUUGCCUACGACGACCACUGCAGAGUGUGCCAUCGCCUUGGUGACCUGCUGUGUUGUGAGACAUGUUCAGCCGUUUACCAUCUGGAGUGUGUGAAGCCGCCUUUGCAGGAAGUGCCGGAAGACGAGUGGCAGUGUGAGGUGUGUGUGGCACACAAGGUACCUGGCGUGGCGGACUGCAUCCCAGAAGUGCAGAAGAGCAAACCAUUUAUUCGACAACUGCCAGUCGGUUAUGACCGACAUCACCGAAAAUACUGGUUCCUUAACCGCCGCGUUGUUGUUGAGGAGGAUGGUGAGCAGGAGGACAAAGCCAUCUGGUACUACAGUACCAAGGUCCAGCUAGCUGAGCUCAUAGAUGGUUUGGAUAAGGAAUACUGGGAGGCCGACCUGUAUGCAGCGCUCGAGGAGAUCAGGGACGAGGUGCACGCCCAUAUGGACAUCACUGAGGACCUAACCAACAAGGCCCGUGGCAGCAACAAGUGUUUCCUCACUGCUGCAAAUGAGGAAAUCCUGGAGCGGUUGCGGGCUAAGAAGGAGGAGGAGCUGGAGGAGGUGAAGAGACGGGCAGCUGAAGAGGCCCAGAAAGCACGGCUGGAGAGGGAGAAGAAGGAAGUGGACGUGGAGAAGGAAGAUGAAGAGGCUAAAUUGAGGGACGAGGGUCAACAGGAGAACAAGGUCAAAGAUCUGACAGAGGAGGAGGAGACAAAAGAAGAGGCCACGGAAGAGAAGAAGGAUGGUGGAGUUGUUGAAGCUCCACCCACUGGCCAAGAAGGCAGUAGUGACAGUAGCAUCUCAGACGGACCUAUACCUCCAGCAACCUCUGCCCCGACACAAAGCAUCACCACCGCCACGAGCUAUAGCCUGGCCUCUGAGGCUCCAAAGCCCCUGGCCUCCACCGUAGAGCCUCUGAUACAGGGAUGUUCCCAUAUGGAGGUCUCUAGCAACAAAGAAGCAGAAAAUGCAUCAUCAGAUUCUGUCCCUGUCAGUGGAGAUGGCGUCCCCAGCCUGAGCCAGCCCUCCCAGGCCAGCGAGGAGAACAGUAACAGCAGCAUGGGAGCUGCGGUCCCUCCUAGAGGUCCUGAACCUCCAGACCUGGCUGACAAGUCCUCGCAGUCAUCCCUGGCCAGUCUUGAUGACACAGGGGACAGUAAAGAUGGGGCCAACGGUGAGACCGGUCUCAGCAGUAAGAAGUCCGCAGCCACUCGCAUGGUGACCCGGCUAAGGAACCCGGACAGCAAGCUUAGCCAGAUGAAGAACCAGCAGGUGGCUGCUGCUGUUCAUGAAGCCAACAAGGGCUUCAAAGAGGGAAAAGAGGUACUUGUUGUUAAUGCACAAGGUGACGUCACCCGUGUCAGCACACGCGGCAAGGAGGUCGUGAUGAAGGGGACACUCAGCCAGUACUUCAAGCUUGGCCAGGAGGGAAAAUACCGCGUCUAUCAUAACCAGUACAGUUCCAACACUGUGGCCCUCAACAAGCACCAGCACAGAGAGGACCAUGACAAGAGGCGACAUCUCUCCCACAAGUUCUGCAUGACACCAGCAGGAGAGUUUAAGUGGAACGGGUCUAUUCAUGGCUCUAAGGUUCUGACCAUCUCCACACUGAGACUCACCAUCAUCCAGCUGGAGAACAGCGUUCCAGCACCGUUCAUGCAUCCUAACUGGGCCUCACACAGGACCAAUUGGAUCAAAGCAGUUCAGAUGUGCAGUAAGGCCAGAGAGUUUGCACUGGCUCUGGCCAUCCUAGAGUGUGCCAUCAAACCUGUGGCCAUGCUGCCUGUCUGGAAGGACUCACUGGGCCAUACCAGGUUAAACCGCAUGACAUCUAUGGAGCGUGAGGAGAAGGAGAAAGUGAAGAAGAGGGAGAAGAAGCUGGAGGAUGAAGAGACAAUGCAACAGGCCACCUGGGUCAAGUACACCUUUCCAAUUAAACACCAGGUGUGGAAGCAGAAAGGAGAGGAGUAUCGCGUUACGGGCUAUGGGGGCUGGAGUUGGAUCAGUAAGACUUAUGUGCAGCGUUUUGUCCCCAGGCUUCCAGGCAACACCAACGCCAACUACCGCAAAGAACUGGAAGAUGCAAAACUUGGCAAGAAAUGUACCCUGUUGGACUUGAGUCGACGUCCCAGCGUAGCUGCACCAGAAGCUCAGGGAGCUGCUGUUUUAAGCAGUGAGGCAAAAGAUCAAGAGUCCUCUGGCCUCUCCAAGCCUGCAACAGAUCACCCGACGUCUGUUGAUGAUUUGGAGUCCAAUGAGAGGAUGGAAGAGGAAAAGAAAGAAGGGGUGGAUGAGAAAGAAAAAUCUGAGGAACUGUCAGCAGAUGAAUCGCCUGUGAAGAUGGAGGUGGACGUCACAGACUCACGAUCAGAUGAAGAGCAAAGGUCCAGUAUUCAGGAGGAGAAGGCUUCCAUGAAGGAGGAGCCUACAGAUGACCCUACACGACCCUUUAACUACGAUGUAGUGGAUGUCAGCAAGGGUUUCCUCACCCGCAUUGCCUACAAGAAGAAAGUCAAGUCCUCCAAGCUGGACAGCCUGCUGGAGCGACGAGUGAAGCAGCACAUUAUUGAAGAGAGGCAGAGGCAGCAGGUGACUGCCUCCAACCCUCAGACUCCUACGCCAGUUUCAUCCACUUCACACCCCGUUCCAAGCACUCCAGUCCGGCCGCGGUCACCACUCAAGCCCCAGACUUUCUCUCAGAAACAGCUUGCACUUGGUGGCGCCGUGAAAGUGGAGGAGAAAUCUUCCACAACACAAACUCCAGGGCCAGGAAAAGUUGGAGGACGAGAGGUCGAAGGGGAGAGUCAGGCUGAACUCUGUAAAACUACAGAUGAGACUGUAUCUCCUCCUCUUCCUUCUCCUGCUCCAGACUCCACACCCAAAGACAGUUGCAGUACAGGUACAGGUGAAGAUUCAGCUUCACCACAAAACCAAACUCCCUCCAUGCCACAGGUAUUGGAGGCAGACUUAGUGGAAAGGACUACGGGGCCAAAAGAAACUAAUACAGACAGUUCGGGCCAAGAGGGCGUUUCACUGUCUGAUGUACAUGAAACAACAGCAGGGGGGAUUCAUGGCUCUUUAGAGCGACAAACAACCAGUGUGCCGUCACAUGUUGCUAAGGCUGAAUAUAUUGAAAACACAGGGUCUAAGGUACCCAACUUGAAAUUGGACUCUCUAAGGACAUCUCCAAGUGUUCUUGACCAAAUAAGCAGUCAAAACACAUCUCCUUCUAAAUGUAUUCAGCAAAACACAGAAACUUUAAGCUCAGCGCGUUCGGGUACAGAGGAAAAUGGCACGGGGCCAGAAGAGAACCAAGGAGUUAUUAAAGGCAUUGGACAAAGUAGAACUGAAGACAAUAGCACUCCCGAGCCCGUUUCUCCUCUCCCUCAGGUAAAUGGUAAUGAUGGCUCGGGGAGUGAAAGCAUGUUGACUAACUCUGUAAUGAGCUCAAAUAAUGGUGUGCUUACCAACAGUCCUCAGCCCAAGGUAAACAGUAUUGGUAAAGUUGAAGAACAAGGGCUUGUUGUCUCGUUGAAGGACAGCACGCAGGUAAAGUCUUUAGUGAACGGAGAUUUGGCCCCUGUGAAUGACUGUACAGAGGUUGGGGGGAAGGAACCAAGCCUAGCUUCUAAGGUAGAGGUAGAACGUAGGACAACGGUAUUAGACCAGGACUACACACCUCCGCUGAAGAUAACGAGGCUGGAGAACAACAUAGAGGCACUUGGAGCUAAUAAUGAGAGCACUCGACAACACAGCAGCACGUCACCAUUUCAGUCUGAGGAGACUAAACCUAGUCCCGUGAUCAAGAUCAUCAGAAUGGCUCCGUCUCCCAUACCUUCAGCAGAAGAGUCCAGUCUAAGCGACGACUUCACGGAGGAGAAUAGUAACAGUGGGACGACAGAGCCGCUCAAGACCAUCAUCACCCAGGUAACCACAACCUCCACAACCACCACGACAGUAGUUUCCACAGAGAUGAGGAUAGCCAAAGUGCCCCCGAAUGCAUCUGGAGCGGUGUCGACGACAGAAAACAGCGCGGUGUCCACCCUCACCACCAUGACCAAAACAACUGUGACCAAAAUCUGUUCCCCUGGGCACGAUGGUCAGUCGGAGGACAGCCAGAGUGAAAUAGUGACACAAGAACAGAAGACAACGCACUCAGCCUCUAUGAGUAAGUCAGCGACUGACGCCAGAGGUAGAACCUCAGUGUCAACUGUUGCUGUGAGCCUCGUGGACUCAUCAUCGACAAAGGGCCGUGUCCGCCUCCUCAAGUUCUCCCGCACCAAGAAGACACGCUCAGACACCGCCCUUCCUUCUUACCGCAAGUUUGUCACCAAGAGCAACCGCAAGAGUAUUUUUGUACUGCCACAUGACGACUUGAAGGUGCUGGCGAGGCGAGGCGGAUUCCGUGAGGUGUCCAUAUUUAACUACAAUGCCAAGCCAGCACUGGACAUCUGGCCUUAUCCUUCACCCAGGCCCACGUUUGGCAUCACCUGGAGGUAUCGCCUGCAGACAGUGAAGUCUUUGGCUGGUGUGAGCCUGAUGCUGAGGCUCCUGUGGGCGUCUCUAAGAUGGGACGACAUGGCUGUCAAACCAUCCGCUGCUGUCGGCACCACACGCACAGAGACAUCAGAUACUGAAAUCACCACCACCGAGAUCAUCAAGCGCCGUGACGUGGGACCCUACGGCAUUCGCUCCGAGUACUGCAUCCGCAAAAUCAUCUGUCCGCUCGGAGUGCCAGAGACGCCGAAAGAAACCCACACCCCUCAGAGGAAGGGGCUGCGUUCCAGUGCCUUGCGCCCUAAGAAGCCUGAGCCUGCCAAGCAGACAGGCCCAGUGGUGAUCGAGACCUGGGUGCCUGAGGAGGAGCUGGACCUGUGGGAGAUCAGAGCCUUCUCAGAAAGGGUGGAGAAAGAGAAAGCUCAGGCUGCAGAGCAGGCCAAGAAACGUCUGGAGCAGAAACCCGGCUCAGUCACAGCCACCCCAGCAGGGACUCCCGCAACACCCGUCGCCACGCCCAAAGUAAUCGUCGGCUCAAUCUCAGGCCAGGGCACCCCCAGCACCAAGGUGGUACUGUCCACCAAGAUGGGCACCCCCGUCACAUUCCAGCAGAACAAGAACUUCCAGCAGUCGUUCGCCACCUGGGUCAAGCAGGGUCAAAGCACACAAGGAGCGGGCACGGAGACCUCCGUAGCCUCGUCUGGUGGGCACACCUUCCAGAUUACAGGAACCUCAGUGGGCGGAAAGGUGGUGACCACCAAGUUACCGCUGCCCGCCAACAGCAAGAUCGUCACAGUCAACGUGCCAACUUCACAAGGAGGUGUGGUUCAGCAGAAAGUGCUGGGUAUCAUUCCCUCCAGCACAGCAGGCGGUGCUCAGACCUACACCACAUUCCAGCCCCGCACCACCACGCUCAACAUCAGGCCCAAUACCCCAGGCUCCCAGCAACAGGUACUGGCAGCUGGUGGUCAGAUCCGUCCAGGCAUGACAGUGAUCCGAACACCGAUCCAGCAGACAGGACCAAUGGGAAAGACGAUACUCCGAACACCCCUCAUGGUCCAACAAGGUCAGGGUGGACAGCAAGUGGUGACGCAGAUCAUUCGUGGCCAGGCAGUUUCCACAGCAAUAUCUGGUGCCAGCCCUGUCGCCACGGUUACCGGCCAGGGGGCAGCCAGCCCCACCACGGCUGGACAGGCGGCAGGCCAAACACCACCCGGCACCCCGCGGGCGCAGGGGCAAGGCCAGGUUAAACUCACCCUGGCGCAGCUCACCCAGCUCACACAGAAGCAGCAGGCUGGGUCAGGUGUGGAUCGGCAGGCUGGUGUCAGUGGUACCCAGCAGGCUCUGACGGUGAUGGUUCAGGGACAGGGCCAGACCACCGGCCAGCUGCAGGUCAUACCUCACGGGGUCACCGUCAUCCCAGGACCCGGUCAGCAGCUAAUGCAGGCAGCGCUGCCCAACGGCCAGGUGCAGCGCUUCCUCUUCACCCCUUUGGCCUCAGCUGCCACACCCACAUCAAGCACAGCCACCACAGUCCCAGGCCAGCCCAACUCCACCUCCACAAAGACCCCAGCCCAGCCCGCCCAGCAGGCUGCCGCCCCCGUCCAGGCAGGCGCGAUCCCCUUAGCCACCACCAGCACCCCUUCGUCGGCCACCCCGCAGGGCCAGCUACCCCCUCAGACGCAGGCUCACAUGCCCAUUCAGUCUCCCACCUCGCUGCAGGUGAAAACGCAGGGAGGAACUGCCCAGCUGCAGCUGCAGCAGACGCCCCAGCUCAUCAGUAUGUCUGGACUGCAGCAGCAGGUACAGGUGUUGGCGCAGCUGCAGGCCCAGCAGGGUGGAGGCUCACUGCCACAGCACAUCAAACUGCAGCUUCCUAUCCAGAUACAACAGACCGGCACCACCUCAGCUCAGGGAGGACAGAUUGGGAACGUAGUGACCAUCCAGGCAGCUUCUGUCCAGGAGCAGCUGCAGAGAAUCCAGCAGCUCAGAGAACAGCAACAGCAGAAGAAGAGACAAGCCGCAGAGGCCAAGAGAGAGCAAGCUCUCAACGCAGCCAGCCAGAGCGACAUCAUUCAGAAACAGGUGGUGAUGAAGCAAAACGCUGUGAUCGAGCACCUGAAGCAGAAGAAGACAAUGACGCCUGCAGAGAGAGAAGAGAAUCAGAGGAUGAUUGUAUGCAACCAGGUAAUGAAGUACAUCCUAGACCGGAUAGACAAGGAUGAGAGGCAGGCGGCCAAGAGGAGGAAGAAGGAGGAGGUGGUCGAGGCAAAAAGGAGGUUGGCCAACGCCAGCAAGCUCUCCUCGCUUCUUUACCGGCACAAAGAGAGCCUCAAGAUGGAGAUCCUGAAGAAGCGGGCGCUUCUCGACAAGGAGCUGCAGCUAGAGGCCCAGGAGGAGCUAAAGAGGGACCUGUUGCGGAUGCGAAGGGAGAAAGAGAGAGCUCAGGCUGCAGCCCAACAGGCUGCCCAGGCUGCAGCCGCCGCCGCCGCUGCCGCCCACAACCAGCAACAGCAUACUCUGGCACACACGCAUGGCAUCACCUCUCAGCACCACCUCACCAUGAGCGUCACCUCCACACACAAAAGGAAACGGGAAGAGGAGAGGGAGACGGCGACGUCAGCCAAGUCUAAGAAAAAGAAGAUGAUCUCGACAACAAGCACCAAGGAGAGCAAAAAGGAUACCAAGCUCUACUGCAUCUGCAAGACGCCCUACGACGAGACCAAGUUUUACAUUGGCUGCGACCUGUGCACCAACUGGUAUCACGGAGACUGUGUGGGCAUCACGGAGAAGGAGGCCAAGAAGAUGGACGACUACAUCUGUGUGGAGUGUAAACGAGGUCAGGAAGGCAGCACAGAGGAGCUGUACUGCAUCUGUCAGACGCCGUACGACGAGUCCCAGUUCUACAUCGGCUGUGACCGGUGUCAGAACUGGUACCACGGUCGCUGUGUGGGCAUCCUGCAGAGUGAGGCCAACCACAUCGACGAGUACGUGUGCCCACAGUGUCAGUCGACGGAGGACGCCAUGACGGUCUUCACGCCGCUUACUGACAAGGACUACGAGGGCCUGCGGAGAAUCCUGCGUUCGUUACAGGCACAUAAAAUGGCAUGGCCGUUCCUGGAGCCAGUGGACACAAACGACGCCCCAGAUUACUACAGGGUUAUUAAGGAACCAAUGGACCUUUCCACCAUGGAGGAGAGGAUACAGAAGCGCGAGUACAUCAAGCUGACAGAGUUCGUAGCGGACAUGACCAAAAUCUUCGACAAUUGCCGCUACUACAACCCCAGUGACUCGCCCUUCUACCAGUGUGCCGAAGUUCUGGAGACCUUCUUUGUCCAGAAACUGAAAGGGUUCAAAGCCAGCAGGUCUCAUAACAACAAACUACAAUCAGCAGCCUCUUAGCUCCCUCCUAAAAAUCCAAGUGUCAAAAAGACAAGCCUUGUGAAUGAUUAAGCCCCGUGGUCCAAGUCAGGCUGCAUCUGAACCUGAGCCCUCUCUGAAGGAGAGCACGCUCCCAGCUGAAAAUCAGCUCGCACUGGUGUCAAAGCGCCCAACCUCCAACACGGAGAGAAAAGCCCCUUUUCAUCCAAAGUGUCAUUGGGACGUAAAGGCAGAGAAGUCCUACCUUCAGACCAGGAGACAGGGCAGCCGCGGACCCUGUCUGGCAGCCUGCUUCAUCCCAACCAGCCGUUCCUACCAGUGCAUCCCAUCCAUGAGAGGAAAGGUCCAGAUGGGACACGCAGAUAAAGUUGAUAAGUUGGCUGGUUGGAUUUUCAGUGGUCAGUCCGGUUGUCACGGCAGCAGCGGACUCGUAAAAGAGUUGUGUUCUUUCUGUAACUGAUCACUAUUUUUGUGUAUCCUAUAUAGCAAAGUGUCAGCUUUGAUCUUCCCACCCAGAGGUGCAACUUUCAUUUCAUCCUGUCAAAUUUUAACGACACAAACAUCCCAUUUAAAGCCGAGACCAACAUGGAAAUGUUCAUGAGGUCAAAAUGAAAAUGCCCACUUUAUGCUUCACAUGUGACCAACGGCAGGCUUCACACCCAUGUACAGUACCUUCAGUUUCAUCUCAUAUUUAACGGUUAUAUGCCUGAAAGCUACGGAAGCCCAUUUCCAGCAGUGUGAUUUUUAAAAAAGAAAGUUAUUUAACUACAUCAAAACAAUGACUGAUAUCAAACAAAUUACUUUGUAUUGUCUCUUGGUAUUUUGAGAUGCUAAAUCACUUUGAGAUAAGUCAUUAUUUUGAGAAUGUUUCCUAUUACUUUAAGAUAAGUAAGUCAUUAUAAUAAUUAUUUUGAGAAAGUUAAUUAAUUUGAGAUACAAAGUCAUUUUAAGCAAGUUUCUCAUUGUCAUUAUUUUUGGAAAAGUUUCUCAUUAUUGUGAGACAGGAAGUCAUUAUUUUGAGAUACGUUUGUCAUUGUCAGAAGUCGUUAUUUUUGAUAGUUUCUCAUUUUGAGAUACUAACUUAUUUUGAGACAUUACCUCAUUAUGUUGAGAUACUAAGUCAUUAUUUUAAGACUGUUUCUUAAUAUUUUGAGGUAAGUUAUUAAUAGUUAUUAUUUUGAGAUAUUACUCACAUUUUGAAAAUUGUCAUUAUUGUCAGAAGUCAUUAAUUUUGAGAAAGUUUGUAAUUAUUUUGAGAUACUACCGUAAAACUUCAUUUAAAGGCCUAGUCCCUUUCACUAGGCCAAUGUGGCUACGUAUUUUGACAUAUAAGGGCCUGUCUCAAUUAGAUGCCUGGUCUGGUUGCCAAGCACUUAAUUUUUUUUAUAGAAGUUCUUCAGAUGUAUGACAGGGGGUUGUUGGCUACCCCAGAUUAUGUUUACAUUCCUUGAUUACCCUGUAAGUAAUUUAUAUUCCCUUAGUCCAUAAGGGUCAUCGGAGCAAAAAUAAUCUUUUUCAUAAAAAUGAAUCCAACUUGUGAGUAUUGUUUUCACAGGACAAAGUGGUGUUGUGUCGGUAUGCCGGGUGCUGUAAUCCUUGAGUGCCAUAAGAGUAAUAUUCAUAUUGGUUUAAAUGAACAAUUUGAUUCUAUCUCCCAUCUUUGCUGAGCAACUGUUUCGUGAAAAAGGAAUUAAAAGCCGAUCCCAAAUAUAGGCCUGUUAAUUUUAGUGAUUUAAGCAAAUAAUAGCCUGGGCUACUAAUUGAAGUUUUACGGUAAGUCGUUAUUUUGAGAAAGUUCAUAUAUAUGUUAACUUAUUAUUUGAGAUAAAGGAGUUAUUAUGAGACAGUUUCCCAUUAUUUUGAAGAUAGUCAUUACAGUGAGUUACAGGACCUUUUUUUGUUUUGCAUCACACUGGCAGAAAUGGGCUUCCAUAGUCAGCAGCAUUUUCUUGGGUCUGCAGGAACUAACGUUGCUCUUUGUCCCCCACCAGAUAAAAACAGCCCCAUUGAAGCAAACCAGUUUUCAGAUCUCAGGCGCAGUGUCACCAUCCGUCUUUCACACUUCACUGCACCGUUACUUUGACUGUAUCCUCAGUUGCGUAGCCCUGCACGAAGCAUGAAGCAGCCUCAUAAAACCCACUCUGCGGCACAUUUCACUGUACAUUCCCUGUCACAGUAGCCUGGUGCUGAGAUGCUCCGUUUGUAUUUGAAGCUAGAUUUCUGAAGUUCAUUGUAGGAUUAACAUCACCACAUAAAGGCAGCAUUCACUCAAGUAAUUCAAGGGGUCUUCAUUUUGUCCAAGGGCUGUCGUGUUAAUGUCCAGAGGAAAACACCCAGGACAGACCAUCUCACCCACCACAUCCUGCCCCUCCUCUGACCUUUUACCAUUUAGUGUUCCUCUGAAAUGCAAGUGAAGAAUGUUAACUAGCUCUGUGCUCCUUUUAAACUUGACCUUUUUGAAUGGGGUCAAGGGCAAGAAGGGAGAAAGCGAGACUGUUAGGCCUUCAGGGAAGGUGAGACUUUUACGAGGCUUAACUAACCCACAUGUACUGUACCUUCCAUACACACACUGUCUCGUCACAAGCUCUUGUUUCUGUCAGUGGCUGAGUCUGUAAGUCUCUCUCCCCUUAUCUAUCAGCCACUUCUUCCAACAUAUUUCAUUGAAGUUGACAGGUUGGCUCACAUAUGUCUCUCAACUCGCCCUCAAAGCAUGGUUAAGUAAUUGGAUAAUGGACUUUUCCACUCAGCAUCAACUCAGUUAUGUUGCGGUCUGCGGCAGCAUGUCUGGGAGUAAACUUUGAGUGGGGACUGGGGAGUCUUUGUACCGUGGGGUUUGUAUGAAAAUUUUAUAGCUGCAUUUUUAGCAUAUUUGGGCACAUUUUUGUAAUCGGUGAUUAUCAGUUUUGUAGGAGGGGAGCAGUCAUGAGACACAGUUGUCUUUAAGUUGUUAAAAACUCUUUAAAUUUAGGCAAAUGUUUCCGUUUCAGUCAUUAAGUUUUUUUGUGUGUGUUUGCAGAGUUGAGAGAUAAUGUAGCUGCUGUCUUCUUUACUGUGUUUGUGUGUCUUUCACACAAAUGUCCGUCACUUUGUAAUCUGAUGAUGAUGUGUUUCAUCCACUGUUUGUAAUCUCUAUUGUAUAUUAUGGCUGUCCAAAUAUGUAGAGAUGAAAGAUUUUUAGAGCAGUAGAAACUUUUAUUUUUCACUCUUUGAACCAGCAACUAAGCCCGCCUGUAUAUUUUAACUGUCUAUUUUUUCUCUUUAAUUGAAGUGAACUCUACAUUUUAGGUGAAAUUGCCCUUUAUAUUAAAAGUGCUGCAUAUUGUGAGCAUAAAGGUUUUUGAAUGGGGGUAGAGUGACACAGUUAACUCUUGUAAAGAGUUUCUUUUUUUUUUUUUGUAAGAAACCAACCAGUUCAACAUAACUUCUAUAUUGACAUUGCAUUUCUUGUAUUAUUUAUUCAUAUCAAUGAAAAGUUCUCAGUUUUUUUUAGUAAUGUUGAGGAAACGUAACUGCAGAUAAAAAGUACUCUAUGUUUUUAACUGAUUGUGGCAACUCCGAAGAGAUUCUCUUUUGUACUUGAUAGGACAUUUCAUCCUAGAUAAUAAAAGUAAUGUUUUUGACACGA